UUCAGAGAAACUACCUACACUAGUGUUAUAACCUCAUCAUGGCGCCUCCCCUCCCCAUCGUGAGCCCCAUCAGCGCCACGAUAGCAUGUGUUUCGAUAGUGACCCUAUAUAUUGUUGGAGUUAUAUUCUACAGACUUUACCUACACCCUCUCCGCGACUGGCCUGGCCCCCUUCUCUGGCGCAUAUCGGGUCUACCUCGAGCAUACCAUCUUAUGAAAGGUGACCUAACUUUCAAGAUAGCCGAGCUUCAAGGAAAGUAUGGCAGGUUCUUCCGAGUUAUGCCCAAUGAGGUUGCUUGCAACGAUCCCCGGGCAUGGAAAGACAUCUAUGGUCAUCGAGUCGGCGGCCAGAACCAAGAGAUGCCGAAGUUCAAAGGCUCGUUUAUCGUGCCAUCAUACCUUCCCCCCUCUAUCAUCGAAGCAGACCGGGAGCAACACUCCCUCCUCCGGCGGCAGCUCUCGCACGGGUUCUCGGAGAAGUCGCUGCGGCAACAGGAAGGCAUCAUCGGGGCUUACGUCCAACUGCUCAUCCAGCGGCUGCACGAGCACAGCAAGAACGGGUCGGUGGCGCUCAACAUGCGCGAGUGGUUCAACUACGUGUCCUUCGACAUCAUCGGCGACCUGGGGUUCGGGUCGUCGUUCGGCUGCCUCGAGAGCUCGUCGUACCACCCGUGGGUGCAGGUGAUCAGCAACGCGCUGCUGGAGUCGGCGGCGUUCCGCGCGCUCAACACGCUGGGGCUGCGGCCGCUCGUCGACCUCAUGUUCCGCCUCGGCGCGACGAAGAAGAACGACGAGAACAUGGAGCUCGUGCGCAACAAGGUCCAGGAGCGCAUGAAGCUCGGCAUGGAGCGCCCCGACCUGAUCGAGGGCCUACUGAGGAAGAAGAACGAGUGGCAGAUGGACCUCGAGGGCCUCGCCGCCAACGCCAACGUGCUCAUCAUCGCCGGCUCCGAGACCACGUCUACCCUGUUGUGCGGCACGGUCUCCCUGCUCACGUCGAACCCCGAUAAGCUCGCUAAGCUGGCGCAGGAGGUCAGGUCUAGCUUCAACAGCGACGAGGAAAUCACGCUGCUGUCCGUUAACAACUUGUCAUAUAUGCUGGCAUGUCUCAACGAGGCGUUCCGCUUGUACCCCCCCGCUGCUGCCGACUUGCCAAGGGUCGUACCUAAGGGAGGCGCUACCGUUGCUGGAAGAUUUGUCCCUGAGGGCACCAUCGCCGCAGUCUGGCAGUGGCCCAUGUACCACAACCCAGAGUUCUGGACUGAUCCCUACGACUACGUGCCAGAGCGUUGGAUGGGCGACCCGAAAUACAAGGACGACGUAUUCGACGUCUUGCAGCCGUUCAGCUUCGGGCCCCGCAACUGCAUCGGCAGGAAUCUGGCUUACGCGGAGAUGCGCCUCAUCUUGGCGAAGAUCGUGUUCAACUUCGAUAUGGACAUCGCUGACGACAGCCGGAGAUGGAUGAAGGAUCAGAAGACGUAUGUCCUGUGGGACAAGCCGUCUUUGAAUGUCUACUUGACCCCCGUUGCCAAGAAGGGGGAGUAAGCGGAUAUGUAUUAAUGCAUUAACGAACUACUUAAAAGACCUUAAAGGCGUCUCUAGAAGAUCAAGCGCCUGGGUUGGUUCGUAAAUAGGUAUUAGAUAGGUACGUUUGGUAUGGUUUGGACAUGGCUCACUUCCCCCCCCCUUCCCGAAUCUCCUAGGAGGUGGAUUGGAGUUCAGGGAAUGUACUAUUAAAUUAGCUGGGUAUGACACCCCAUCUUCACUUUGUCGAUGAUGAUUUCGACUUCACGGUACCCCGGGGAUUAGUCGGCUAGGGCCAUUUUUAGACCUUUAUCAUAGAUGGUAGCUUAUACUUUCUUGACACAUUGGAUAUACACCAGGUCUACCUACGAAUAAAUAAAUCAUUUUACUAUGUUAA